AUGGAAGAGAAGGAACUCCGCCACCCCCUCCUCCCCUUGGCAAACCAUGCUGACGCCACAAUAACCACCACCACUGGCUUUGUGGGUCCGACAUCAAACGACAGUGACAAGACCAUCUCAUCCUGCUUUGGUUUAUCUGCUCGUCUCCUUGUUAUAUUCUUAAUUGGUGUUAUCUCCAUAUGGGCAUCCCAUGAGGCAUCAAAAGGAUUUGCGAUCACAGCCGUUAACAACAUGAAGGAUACACCAGCGGGAGAGAAAUUCACUCUCUUCUUCGUCUCCAAUGAUGAAGCCAUCCGACUAGUUCAAAGUUCUUCCACUUUUGCUGCUGAAAUUCUUUUUCCUGGUGAUGGUAGCAUACCUGAGAAGCUCAUCGCCCAGGUCGAUGUCCAACUAGUCAGCCACAAUCUAACCAAUGAUCAUACAGUUGCUGUCAAGUCUUUGGGACAAAAGAGCAAGUAUAUACUCUUCAUAAAUCCUCUUGUCAUGGAAUUUGGUGACUUCAGGUACAGAAUCAGAAAGGAAAUUCAAAAAGGCAUGGCUGAAAUUUUGCUGUUCAAUAGGCAACACACAGCUCCGAAGACCUUGCUAGCUGGAAUGGUUGAAUAUAUAAGCGAUUUGGCCGGUUUUGGCAGUCCAAAGCCGGUAUUCAAGCCGAGAGGUUUCAGCGCAAAGUGUUGGGAAGAAAAGAAUUCAAGAAUAGUGGCAAAGUUUUUGGCUUACUGUGAGAAGAGAAAUGAAGGAUUUGUUGGAAGAUUGAACCAAGAAAUGAAUAGAGAUGGUUGGUAUGAGAAAUUAAUGGAUAAAGUACUUGAAAUGCCAGCCAUGCAUUUUUGUGUAGAAUUCCAUGAUUUCAUGAUCAAGAAUGAGGGUAUGACUGAGUGA